AUGCUGAUCUUGUGGAAUGUUAGGGGGCUCAACCGAGCAGGUAAAUAUAAGGAGAUUAGCUCCCAUCUCCUGUCCCUAAAAGCUGAUAUUAAUAUCCUGCUAGAAACAAGGGUGAAGAAGGAAAAUGCAAAGAAUAUAAGAGAUAAACUGAAACUUCCAGGCCAAUACUUAGAUAACUAUAGUCAUCAUAUAAAUGGGAGAAUCUGGUUGAACUGGAAUGAUGGUAAUAUUGAUAUCAUUAGUAAUAAAAUCCUUGAUCAGAUGGUGCACUGUGAGGUAAGGGAUGCGCAAGGAGGCUUUAAAUUCUGGCUGACAGCUGUUUAUGCGCACAAUAAACUGGAGUUGCGAAGAAAAUUGUGGCAUGAUAUCGAACACUCCCAACAACCAGGUCCUUGGUGCAUUGUAGGAGAUUUCAACAAUGUAUUGAGGACUAAGGACAGAAUUGGGGGGAAUCGAGUAACGGAAACAGAAUACAUUGAUCUCCAAAAUAUGAUGCAGAGGAUUGGCCUAUUUGAAAUGGAGUCCAAAGGAGAUUACUACACUUGGUUUAAUAAACAUAAUGUCGACCCCAUUUAUUCAAGAAUAGAUAGAGUUUUGGGAAAUGUGGACUGGUUUCAAACUUUUCAGGAUGUGAACUUGAAUGUGCUAGCUCCAAAUGUGUCGGACCACGCUAUUCUCCACGUGAUUGGACAAGAGAACUCAGAUUACAGGAAAAGAAAGUUCAAAUUCUUGAAUUGUGUCACGAAAAUGGCAGGAUACAGUGAGAUUGUUGCUCGCAGCUGGCACACACCAGUUAAUGGUAGCAGACCCAUGGAAGUUGUUUGGAAGAAACUAAAGAGGUUACAGAAGGAUCUUGGCCCCUUGACCAAACAUACAACACAGGCUAAAGUUCACUUAGCAAAAGCUAGAGAGGCACUCAAGGAAGCACAGCAGGCGCUCAAUGAUGACAGGAUGAAUAAAGAAAAAAUCGACUUAGUCAAGGAUUGUACAGAAGAUGUCAUUAAAUGGAAUGAGAUUGAUGAAGCAAUUCUGAAGCAGAGAUCGAAAAUUGAUUGGCUAAAAUUAGGGGAUGGCAAUAAUUCCUAUUUUCAUGCCUCAAUCAGAGCCAAAAAUAAGGCAACAAGUAUAGAGACUUUGCAGUUGGAAAAUGGUUCUAUCGCCACUGAGCAAGUAGAUAUACAAGCAGAGGUACUACGAUUUUACGGAGAUCUAAUGGGCAAACAGGCUGAAUCAACUCAGGCUAUAGAUAUUGUGGCAAUGCGAGAAGGGUAUCAUAUCGACACUGAUCAGGCAGAUAUGCUCACUGGCCCAGUCACAGAAAAGGAAAUUGUGGCAGCUCUGCACAGUAUUGGAGACCUCAAAUCUCCGGGUAUUGACGGCUACGGGGAAAAAUUCUUCAAAGAAAGUUGGCAAAUUGUGGGUAGGGAUGUCAUUGCAGCAGUGAGAGAAUUCUUUGAACAUGAUCAAAUUUUCCUGGCUGUGAAUUGCACCUUGAUUACGCUCAUUCCCAAACACGAAGAGGAAAAAACUAUCAAGGAAUAUCGACCAAUCGCAGGCUGUACUACCCUAUAUAAAAUCAUUUCCAAAAUUCUUACAAUGAGAUUAAGUAAGAUCAUGGCAAACCUAAUAGGAUGCAGCCAGGCUGCUUUCGUCCCAGGACAACAAAUUCUAACCAUAUACUACUAG